GCCUCAUUGAAGGGAGCGAGGCUGCGCAACAGUGAGCGCUACAGCUGCGAGACUAUGUCCACCAUUCCGCACACGAAGCUCACAGAUCCGAUUCCCCUUGUGAAGCUGGAUUUCCAGGAGAUUGAAUACUUGUACAGCAACUUGGGCAACUGGAUCGAUCCUCCAGUCGAACUUCGCGCCACUCGCGCUGGUAUUGCGCAGUUCCUGGUGUACUGGUGGGAGAUUGUCUUGGAUACAGAGGGUCACUGUCGCAUCAACACCGCACCGGAAGGAGGUUGUGAGUCCUGGGAGCAAGCCGUGAGACCCCUUGCUGGCUGGGACUCCGACGAAUGCCUUCGGAUACGAGACGGCGACCUCCUCCACCUCCACCUCCGCAUGCAGGCUGAUGGCAUCGACGUACUGCUGCAGGAUGCGACGAACUCGCAGGAUCCCGUCACAGAAGAUGCAGUGCCGGAUGACGACCUUGUCGAGUUGCUGCUUGAAGAAGAAGAGCUCAUGCGCCUCAAUGACAGCGGCCACUGGCAGGCGGUCAAGGAAGCCAUGACCCGAGCACUCUCGAGUUUGGCGCCGGGCUCCUUCGUGCAGUUGCUGGACAUUUCUGAUGCUCUACCCCUUUCCCUUCUACUUGCUCCUGAGCUUUGUGCCGCGGCUUCGAGAUGGGAUGCUGUUUGCUGUUUGCGAAGCCGCGCUGAGAAGCAGGCUCUGCUCUCGCUGAUGGCAGAAAGCUCGCUGGACACAGAUCGUGUGCAUAUUCUAUUGGCAUCCGCGCAGCAACUGAUCCAGGCAGCAUUACCGUCUCCGUUUCCACCCAACGGUGCUGGUGCAGAGGCCACUCUGCAGUCUACACCAUCGGCCAGCCUCAUCAUCUGCGAGGAUAUUGUGGGAGCUUCCGGCGCCCUGCGGGCAGAAGCUCUCGAGGAUUUGUCACUCCUUUGGCGCACCUGCUCAGGACGACACGGCCGAGAGCUACGAGUUGUUCCCGAGGCCAUCGUGCUGAAGCUGUCUCUCAUCGAGAGUGACGAGCUGGAGAGGCGCACUCGUGUAGUGGAGCGUCCUGGCGGAGUUGAUGUCUCCGAAGUGAACGCACUGAGCGUUUCCGACUUCCUGAGUCUUGAAGAAUCGCUCUUGAAGCCGAGAUGCCUAUGCAAGGAGGUGGAGGCCCUCUCGCUGCCCUUGGGCCCCUCCCUUCUCACAGCACUGGCAGCUCUCAGCGCCCGUGAAAACGGAGCACCUUUGUUGCGCUUGAGGCUGACAGCAGAAAGUUCUGGGAAGGUCCACGGCAUCGUCACACGCUUUGCGUGGCCAGGAUCAGCAGGCCAGAGCUGGGACAAGAGGUUGGCAGGCGUUGUUUGGCCAUGUGAAGGAAGGAACCGGCCGCCGCACCUGGAGGUCGGCGACAGCGUGGUUGUGACGGUUGGGUACACGCCUGCACGUGGCCUCGUCGUGACCCCAGUUUGUCUGGAGCGUGGCGUGCCAGCAGCGCCACGAGAAAACAAGAAAUGUCUCUUUGCAGGGCGUCAGGUCGGCUGCAAGGCGUCGGAUGGUGUCGGCAUGUGGGCAGCCAUUUCAGCCCAGCAGCUCCGCGGGCAAGUGUCUCCCUUCGGACCUUAUGGUGGCCUUGCGCCGGCAGAGGAGAGGACCACCGAACACCCGGAGCGAUUGGCUUCUUUGAAUGCAGGUGUUGCAGACUUUGAGUACGAGCAGUUUUUGAAGGCAAAGGAGGUACAGCGGGCCAUGUUCAAGGCGGAGAACAAGACGAUAGUUCAUCAAAACGCGGACACAGAUGUGAUCCAGGCCAGCGAAGGCUCCAUUGCAUGCAUCGAUGGGAACCAGGCAGCAGCUCACGUGGCCUACGCCCUCAGUGACUGCGCCUUCAUUUACCCCAUCACACCAAGCUCCCCGAUGGGCGAGAUGGUUGACGAGUGGGCUGCUCAAGGUUUAAUCAAUUGCUAUGGCCAGAAGCUAUCCGUCACGGAGAUGCAAAGUGAGGCGGGUGCUGCUGGAGCCUUGCAUGGCGCCUUGAAAGCAGGAGCUCUCAGCACGACCUUCACCGCAAGCCAGGGGCUGCUUUUGAUGAUCCCCAACAUGUUCAAGAUUGCAGGUGAGUUGCUUCCGUGCGUAAUGCACGUGGCCGCACGGGCCCUUGCAGGACAGGCCUUGUCCAUCUUUGGGGAUCACAGCGAUGUCAUGGCCUGCCGCUCUACGGGCUGGGCCAUGCUGGCCUCGGAGUCUGUGGAGAUGGUGCAGUACAAUGCGCUGGUCGCCCACCUCGUCUCCAUGGAGCGUCGUGUGCCGGUGCAGCAUUUCUUCGAUGGAUUCCGCACGAGCCACGAGGUCAACAAGGUGAAGUUGGUGGACUACAAGACCAUGAAGGACUUCGUCAACUGGGAUGCCAUCAAGGAGCAUCACGACCUUGCCAUGAACCCGCGGCAUCCUCACGUGCAGGGAACGUCGCAGGGUCCAGACAUCUUCUUCCAGUGCGUUGAGGCCGGCAACACCUUCUACGACAACCUCGCAGACCUCUUUGAGGCCAAAUCCCGCUUGGUGGAGCAGAAGACAGGUGUGCACUAUGCUCUCUAUGCCUACGAGGGGCACCCAGAGGCCACCAAUGUCAUUGUGGUGAUGGGCAGCGGCGCCGUCACCUGCAGCGAGACGGCCAAGUACCUCCAUGACAAGGGCGAGAAGGUGGGAGUGCUGAAGGUGCGGCUCUUCCGGCCGUGGGACACUUCCCGGUUUUUGGGGGCCCUCCCAAAGACGACAGCGAGGAUCUGCGUGCUGGACCGAACCAAGGAGCCUGGCUCCCAGGGGGAGCCGCUCUUCCUGGAGGUCUCCUCCACUCUGCAGUUGUCAGGGAGAGCCGACAUCAUCUGCAUUGGUGGCCGCUAUGGCCUGGGCUCCAAGGAAUUUACUCCCAACAUGGUGCUCUCCAUCUACGAAAACCUGGCCAAGGAAACCCCGAAGCCACGAUUCACCGUGGGCAUCAACGACGAUGUGACGAACCUUUCGCUGCCUGUUGGCGAUUGGCUGGACGUGCUCCCGCAGGGCACCACGGAGUGCAUGUUCUACGGCCUGGGCAGCGACGGCACCGUGGGCGCCAACAAGAGUGCAGUGAAGAUGAUCGCGCUGGGCACGGAGCUUUAUGCUCAGGCCUACUUUGAGUACGAUGCCAAGAAGAGCGGUGGUGUUACCAUCAGCCACCUCCGCUUCGGCCCCAAGCCUAUCCAUGCACCCUACAACGUGCGCUCUGCCAACUACCUGGCCGUGCACAAGUCCAGCUAUGUCACCAACUACGACAUGACCCGAUACUUGAAGCCCAACGGCGUUUGCGUCAUCAACUGCUCCUGGACCCCGGCCGAGCUCGAGAAGCACCUGCCCGCGAAGAUGCGCCGAGACCUGGCCACGAAGCAGGCGAAGCUCUACUGGGCGAAGCUCUACAUCAUCGAUGCGACGCAGAUCGCAGUGAAGGCCGGCCUUGGCAAGCGCAUCAACAUGAUCAUGCAGUCCGUCUUCUUCAAGCUCUCUGGCGUCAUGCCCUACGAGGAGGCCAUCGAGAUGUUGAAGAAGAGCAUCAAGAAGAUGUAUGGCAAGAAAGGUGAUGCCGUGGUCAAGAUGAACAUCGACGGCGUGGAUGCGUCGGUCACGGGCAUCGUGGAGUGCCCGGUGCCGAGUUCCUGGGCAUCCCUCACCGUGGAGGAGCAGUCUGAUGAGUCAUCCACUCUCAAGAAGGGACCCAGGACUAUCGUGGACAUGACCUCAGAUCAAUUUGCAAAGCAAGUCCAAAGCCAGUGCAACAAUCUGGAUGGGAAUGCCCUGCCUGUGAGCACCUUCGUCCCUGGUGGCCGUGUGCCCUUGGGCACCAGCCAGUACGAGAAGCGUGGCAUCGCCAUCAAUGUGCCCACAGUUGACAUGGACAAGUGCACGCAGUGCAACAAGUGCAGCCUUAUCUGCCCCCACGCUGCCGUGCGGCCCUUCCUGGCCACCACGCAGGAGCUGAGCAAGGCUCCGCAGGACUUCAGGGCUGGCAGCCGUGCUGCCAUUGGCGGCGGCGUGCUGGACAACUACCAGUACCGCAUCCAGGUCUCCCCAUGGGACUGCACGGGCUGCGAGCUUUGCGUCCGUAUCUGCCCGGCCGAUGCGCUGAAGCUGAGCCCAGCUGGACAGGUGAUCCAGCAGGAGGAGCCGAACUGGAACUUUGCAGUGACACUGCCGGACCGAGGUGAUGAGAUUGACAAGACGACUGUCAAGGGCUCCCAGUUUCAGAAGCCAUAUCUUGAAUUCUCGGGAGCCUGCGAGGGCUGCGGCGAGACACCGCACGUGAAGCUCAUGACCCAGCUUUUCGGAGAACGGCUGGUCAUCGCGAAUGCCACUGGCUGCUCCUCGAUCUGGGGCGGAUCCAAUCCGUCCUUCCCGUACACGGUCAACAGCAAGGGCGAGGGCCCCGCCUGGGCAAACUCCCUCUUCGAGGACAACGCAGAGUUCGGCUUUGGCAUGCGCAAGGCCUUCAAGCAGCGCCGGGACUAUUUGGCCAUGCAGGUCGAGGACGCCCUGGGCGACAAGACUGUGAUCAUGUCUGACGAGCUGCGCCAGACCCUCCAGCAGUACCUGGUCAUGCGCAAGGAGCAGAUGCAUGACCUCCUGCUGCCCCGCGGCCGCAGCAUCUACCAUCAACUCAUGGAGAAGCUGGAGCCGCUCCUUUCGAAGGAGAAGGACAGCCACCCCAAGUUGAAGUACCUCCAUGAUCUGGAAGACAUGUUCGGCCGCUCCAGCUUCUGGAUGGUCGGCGGCGACGGCUGGGCAUACGACAUCGGCUACGGCGGCUUGGACCACGUGAUCGCCAGUGAAGAGCACGUGAACAUCCUUGUGCUGGACACGGAGAUGUAUAGCAAUACUGGCGGCCAGGCUUCGAAGUCCACACCCAAGGGUGCCAUGGCUAAGUUUGCCGAGGGCGGUAAGUUGACAGCGAAGAAGGACAUGGGGCAGCUAGCCAUGACCUACAAGAACGUCUACGUGGCCAGCAUCUGUGUGCACGUGAACCCGCAGCAGGCUGUGAGGGCCAUGCUGGAGGCCGAUGCCUAUGCGGGCCCCAGCAUCAUCCUGGCUUACUCGCCGUGCAUCAGCCAGGGCUUCCCCAUGGCAGAGUCCAUCCAGCACUGCCAGAUGGCGGUGGACUCGGGCUACUGGCCGCUCUAUCGCUACAACCCCGAAGCUGCCGCUCAUGGCAACAACCCCUUCCAACUUGACAGCAAGAAGAUUAAGGGUGACCUCUUCAAGUUCCUGGCCAAGGAGAACCGCUUCGCGGCCGUGAUGCGCCGCGACCCUAAGCACGCCCAGGAGCUGGAUGACAAGCUCAAGGAGCAGCUGGUCCAGAAGAACCACCUCCUGCAGGUCUUAAACAAGGACGACCUGGAGGGCCAGUUCCACAAGCUGGUGGAGGGCCUCUCGGAUGCCAGCUCUGCUGGCAACUCUGUGACCAUCCUCUAUGGCAGUGAGACGGGGAACUCUGAGGAGCAGGCCAAGAACCUCAUGCAGGACAUCAUGGCCCGGGGGCUCAAGGCCACUUGCACAGCCAUGGACGACUUCGACUUUGAGGAGCUGCCCAACCAGAAGAUCGUGAUCCUGGUUGUCUCCACCUGUGGUCUCGGCGAGUACCCGGCAAACUGCAAGCAGACAUGGAUGAAGCUUCAGUCCCAGGAGCUGCCAAUGAGCUGGCUGUCGGGAACCAAAUUUGCCGUUUUCGGCCUGGGCGACUCCACCUACUCGCAGUUCUGCGUGGCGGCGAUCGGCUUCGACACCCGCCUCGGCGAGCUGGGCGCCCAGCGCAUGCUCAAGCGUGGCGUCGGCGACGACCGGGAUGAGGACCGCUACUACACCGGCUGGGAGGCUUGGCUCCCGGAGCUCUGGCAGGUGCUUGGCGUCCCACAGCUGCCGCUGAGCCAAGAGGUCCCGACCCCCUGCUACCGGGUGGAUGUCAGUGCCGGGUCCGUGGAGAAGCCCCCGGUGAAGGAUGAUGACAUCGUCCCGCCCGGCGCCACGAAACUCACCCUGCUGCAUAACUCCGUCCUCACGGGUGAUGCCAAGUAUGACCGGGACAUCCGCCACUACGAGUUCAAGAUCGAGGGUACUUCAGUCUCCUACAAGACCGGUGAGAGCUUGGCCAUUUGGCCGCGGAAUCCUAUCGACAAGGUGCUCCAGUUCUGCACUGACAUGGGGCUUGAUGCAGGCCAGCAGCUGCGCGUGCUGCCACUCGAGGGUGCCAGGAACUGGUGCCCCAUGGACCUCAAUGUCCGCCAGCUCUUCUCCCAUGUCCUCGACAUCUUCGGCAAGCCCAACCGCAAGUUCUUUGAGACUUUGUCGCUCUUUGCCAAAGACGAAAAGGAACGAAGCCAGCUGCGGUCCAUCGUGGAGAACAGCGCCGAGGGCCAAGCUCUGUACCGCGACCUCACUCACGACUUCGCUCACCAUGCGGACGUGCUGCGGAAGUUCCAGAGCGCCCGGCCUCCCAUCGAACAGCUGCUGAAUAUGAUUCCGGUGCUGAAGCCCAGAAGUUAUUCCAUCGCUAGCUCCCCGCUCAUGCACCCAGACAAGAUCCAGCUCUGCGUUGUGCUUGUAGACUGGAAGGUUGAGAGCACCCAGGAGCUGCGAAUCGGCGAGUGCACCGGCUACAUGCGUGACCAGCAGCCCGGUGCUUCGAUCAUGUGUGCUGUGCGUUCCAGUGCCAUCGUCCUGCCGAAGGAGCCGAGCAGCCCAGUUCUCAUGGCUGGCAUGGGCACGGGCUUGGCACCGUGGAGGGCGGUCACGCAGGAGCGUAUUUGCCAGCAUCGCCAGGGCCAGAAGGUGGGCCCUUGCAUGCUCUUCUUCGGCGCACGGUAUGCCGUCGAGUAUCUCUACAAGGACGAGUUCGAGAGCUACGUCAAGGAGGGCGUGCUCUCCAUGCACACGGCCUUUUCGCGCGAGCAGGCUCGAAAGAUCUACGUUCAGCACCGCAUCAUGGAGGCCGGUGAGAAGGUGGCCGAGUACAUGCUGCGGCAAAACGGCCACUUCUACGUCUGUGGCAGUGCCCGGCAAGUGCCAGAGGACAUUUACACCGCCAUGAAGGAGGUGAUGAUGGCCAACGAGCGCGUGGGUGAGGAAGACGCCGAAGCCAUCCUUUCCAACUUGAAGAUGGAGGGGCGCUACACCGUCGAAGCGUGGUCGUAG